AUGCCUACCCUUUCAAACUGGAACGAAGAAAUCAAGUACGAGGUCGCAGACACCAAAUUCAAGACACCUCGUUCCAUUUCCGACGUCCAAUCCAUCAUCAAAGAUGCCGCCCAGCACAACGAAAAAGUCAGAGUCAUUGGUGCCAUGCACUCAACCACUCAAUGCAUGGUCGGCAGCGGCAUCACCAUCUCCAUGAAGAACAUGGCCGAGAUCUUGAGCGUCGACGAAGAGAACAUGACAGCUACUGUCCAAGCUGGAGUCACCAUCCAUCAAUUGUGCGAGUACCUUAAACCUCGUGGUUUCCAACCCCCAGUCAUACUCGAAUACGGCAACUUCCAAAUCGGUGCUAUCAGUGGGACUCAGGCCAACGACAGCUCGCUUUCCGACAGUGCACAAUUUGCUUCUUUUGUUGUUGGUGUCAAACUUAUCAAGGCCAUUGGAGAGAUGAUGGAAAUCUCAGAAAAGCAGAAUGCAGAAUAUCUUCCUGCCAUUCGCUCUCACUACGGUCUCUUCGGUGUGGUCUGUGAAGUCACCGUCCGCAUCUGGAAAACCAGACACCUUGAAUUCAGCUACGAGAUGACUGAUCUCGAAACCUUUUCCAAAAAUGUCAUCGGCAAUGUAAACAGACUUCGCAACUCCCACGAUCAAGCUUUUGGUCUCCUUUUCCAAGCCGACGGCAAAUUCAUGAUUCAGAAAAGAAAAUUCGUCGAUGCUACCACAAAGCCAGCUCAUCCUUUGACCAACAAUCUGGAAGCCAAAGUCAUAAACCUAUACGCCGAUCUCGUGCUCCCUCUUGCCGAAGCAUCAGGCCAACUCAACCUCCCCGCUCACCAGCAAGAAUGGCUAAGCACCACCCUAGUAGACUUACCUCUCAGAGCACUCAGCCACAGCACCUACAUCAUCGACCCCAAUGAUCGCGCCCUCCCCUACCGCGAAAACCAACCCCACUUCGACUUCUUCGACUGGGUAUUCCCCGAAGAAAACUGGUCCUCAAUGGCACAAGGUUGGGUCUCCCUUUGCAACAAAUUCGAAGCAGAGAAAAACUUUGUUUUGACAUUGCCUUGUUUGGUCUAUUUUCUCAAGCAAGAUGAAAAUAUGCUGUUAUCGCGUUCCAGGGGUGGCAAUAUGAUGGCUAUAGAUCCAGAGUAUCAGGAUCCUACUGACCCUAAGUGGUUGGAGUUCCGUCUUGCAUUUUCGGAGGUUGCGAGACAGCAUGGAGGUAUUCCGCAUAUCAACAAGACUAGAGAUGGUGCGAUCAGGUGGUUCGCUGAGGCUUGUGAUCAAGACGCGUUGAGUAAGUAUUUGGAGCAGAGGAAAGCGUUUGAUCCGGAGAACAUGUUUGUGAAUGAGUUCUUUGAGACCAUGUUCAAAGGUCGUCUUUGUGGAGGCUGGAUAAGUUGA